AUGACAGACUCCAACAACAUGAUCAUCAACUUGGCCCUCUUUGGCAUGACUCAGAGUGGAAAAAGUUCUGCUGGGAACAUUCUUCUGGGAAGCACAGACUUCCACAGCAGCUUUUCUCCAUGUUCUGUAACCAAAGAUUGUUGUCUAGGCCGCAGUUGUCACCUCUGUGGCUUCAUGCGUCGAGGAGGGCAAGAGAUAACCCUGCAGAUCCAGGUGUUGGACACUCCUGGUUAUCCACACAGCAGGUUGAAACAGGAGCAUGUGAAACAGGAGGUCAAGGAGGCCCUGGCACAUCACUUCGGGCAAGAGGGUCUCCAUCUUGCGCUGCUGGUCCAGAGAGCAGACGUGCCUCUCUGCGGACAGGAAGCAUCUUCCUCAGUCCAGAUGAUUCAGGAACUUCUGGGACAUGCUUGGAAGAAUUACACUGCCAUUCUUUUCACCCAUGCAGAGAAAAUAGAAGAGGCUGGGUUCAGUGAAGAUAAAUAUUUGCAUGAGGCCUCCGAUACACUGCUAACCCUGCUAAAUUCUAUUCAGCACAGAUAUAUUUUCCAGUAUAAAAAAGGAAACUCACUUAAUGAACAAAGAAUAAAAAUCUUAGAAAGAAUCAUGGAAUUCAUAAAAGAAAACUGUUACCAAGUUCUUACCUUUAAAUAA